AUGGCUGAUGCAAACCUCGACAACUCUCACCUGUCAUCAUCAUCUUUAUUUGACCUCGACCAGCAGCAACAAGAUCAUCAGCAGCAACUACAACAACAACAACAACAGCAGAAGAACAAAAAAAGAUGCUUUGAAUGUAGGUGCAAACUUGAUUUAGCUCUACAAGCCAUUGGGAAAUGUAAAUGUGAUUACAUAUUCUGCCCACUGCACAGACUACCAGAGCAGCACAACUGCACGUUCGACCACAAGGAAGUAAGCAGGGAAGAGGCGAGGUUGAAGAUGGUCGUCUUCAAGAAACACGUCGGUACCGCCCUCAAAAGAUUGGACUCCGAUACGUGA